UGUUUGUAUUUUGUUGUUUAGAUUUAAAAAACUCAAUAAUAUUUGUGAUUCAUGCCUAAAAAAAUUAUGCGAAGCAUGUGUGUCUUGAGUCCAAAAGCCAUGUAACAUUGAAAAAGAACCUAAGCAGAUUUAAGGCGAUGACUAAAAUGAUUUGUAACCGAAAGUAUAAGUCUAAGUGAAUCACAAUUUCAAUGAAUCUCACUACUCUGUUGCUGUUACUAUGACGAAUGAUGGCAAGGAGAACAUCAGACAUGUUACCUGCACCAACCAUACUACUAGAUCUGACAGAGAUUUGUUCAGAGUAUGCCCCUCAAAACUGAGCAAGCGUGAAUUAGAAGACCUCUAUUUUUCCUUGCUGGAGAACAACAAGCAGCUCAAGAAGACAGUCAAUGGGCAGCGGGACCAGGUCAAGUUGCUAACGACGAAGGUCAAUAGAAUGACUGCCCAGAAGAAAGCAUUGGGUAAUCUGAACAAAGACUGCUGUGCCAGUACCACGGCAAUUAUUAACGAACAGAAAGAAUCCAUAGCAGAUCUAAAGAAUGCAAACGAGAGGCUUUCAGACAGGAUCCGUCUCCUGAACAUGAGACUAUGUUCCGCCAAGCAGUUCCUCAGACGCAACCCCGCCCAGUCUACAAUGCGCUGUGCUAAAUGCUGCCUCACGCCAAACACAUCAGUCAAAAAUUCAUCAAUGAGCGCGCUCAAUACUAAGGGAAGUGGUCCAAAGCUUCAGAAUCAAACUGAAGCUAGUUCCUAUCAAUUCCUUAAUAAGACAGAAAGUUCAAGCAUCAAAGCUGAAGAAAUAGAAGCAAAUCAAACUGAAAUGAAAGACGAACCUUGUCAACAAAACAAAUGUCGAACUGUGAUGGAUGAAUUGAAACAGAAGAUUGAGAACUUAGAAGAGGAACUAUCUAAAACACAUGAACAAUAUUCUGAGCGUAUGCAUAAACUGGAGGAACAAAUGCGUGACUUGCGCAUAGAAAAUACAAGAGCGAGAGCACUUCAAGUAGAGAGUCACCACAGAUUAGAACUAGGCGAGAAAAAAGCUGGAGAAUUGUUGCAUAAACUACGUGAUGCUGAAAUGCAGUGUGACAAUCUAGCAACUGAGCUACAAAUUGAAAGGAGCAAAGUAUCUGAACUCGAGACUCAAGUGAAAGCAGCCGACAUAUCGAGCCAGGUCGCUGAAGCUUUAGAGAAGCACUUGAAAAAUAAUAUUAUGAUAAAGCAAAGGCCAAGUAUGGUUCACAACAAAUCGGAGCUACCAACGUUGAACAUUUGUGAUUCUGAUUGGAAUUAUAGUCCAACGGUAGUAGUCCCUAAUAAUUCAGAAAUAUCGAAAUUUGCUGAACUAGACAAGGAUAAGGUAAAGAGCUCGGAUGACUCUGGAUACGCUGAGAAGUAUGAUAAUGAUGACAAAAAGGAUGGUGCAAAAACUGACCAUAAUAUUUUGGAUCAAAUAGAAGCUCAACUGAAUAAUCUUAAACUUUCUAUGAAAAACAAAAACACAGGUGAUGAUUUGAAAAACGUAAUGGUGGACUGCUGCCAAAAAAGCAAGUCGGAAUCAAAUGAAACGUAUGCUGCGGUAGGCGCAAACUCUAGGCUUAGCGAUGACAUCUUCCACCCCACCAUGGUUCCCAUUGACCGAACUGACCAAUCCUCAUCUACUUCUCGAGCACCUGAUUUCCUACUGUUACUGGAAGAUAAAAACAGAAGUCCUAAAACGAUCUCAACCAAACCCCUUAAUAAGUUCGAUCCACUCAGCAAAUUCCAAAUGUCUUCUCCAUUACCUGUAGAUGUACCUAGAAUGCCAUAUUUUGGAGAAAAUAGCGAAAACUCAAAAAGCUUAAACAAUUCUAAGCAAAGUGUAAAGGACUUUACCAAUGAUUUUGGUUUUGAAAAACAUUUAAAUGAAAAUCGUGACGCAAUCGGAGAUGUUGAGAAGGAAAAUGAUGAUAUGAAUAUAGAAGACUAUAAUAUAAAUGCUGAUCUCAAUACAAAUGAUGAAAUAUUAAAUGAUUAUGAAAAGAAAAGAAGACGAUCCAGUCUUAAAACUCCUAAUCCAAAUAAAAAUAAAGAUUUAUCCGUCAGCUAUGAUCAAAAUAAAAUUAUAGUAGGUUCCACUGUAAAAAUAAAUAAAGAAACUCAAGAAAAUGAUAACGGUAAAUUUAUCCAUGCAUCGUUCCAAGAAGAAAGUGACUCCAGCACAGUCAAGAGAAAAAAUCAUUAUAAAAAAGAAAAUUCGGAUAGUACACCUCAUGACGAAUCAUAUUUAGAUAUAAGAGUAUCUGAAAAAGAAUGUGACUUAAACACAAAUAUCAAUAAAAAAGAGGAAGAAAAGUUGGCAACUAUAAGAGAUGAAAUAAAUUAUAUUUAUAGUGACGUACAAAAACCACAAAAUAUUGAUGCGACUAAAAAUGCUGAAUCACCUGCUGGUACUAGUUCAGGUAAUUCAACGUACACGGUUGAAGGUAAACCUUCUCAGAGUAAAGUGACUAGAGAUGCAACCUAUCACAUUGAGAACGAGAGUAAGGAUACAAAUAUACAGGUUCAAAAUGAGAAUAAUCAUCUGGAUGUUUGCCAAGGUCACGCCCGUAUUUGCAUGUGUCCGCAUAUUCGUCAUCAUGACGUCUCCCUGUUCCGCAUAUGUAGUGGCACCUUGAGAUAUAAAACCACUACAAGAACGAAAAAUAAGCUCAGACAAUGCCAUUGCAUGAGGAAUUCUAAGACAGACAUGCACACGGAUUGUUCUCCAGGGUUUGUAGGAAAAAAAUCAUCAAUCAAUGGCCAGCCAGUUAAAUCUCAGAAGCUACAGCCUAUAGACACGUCUACCCCCAACCACCAGAAGACCUACAACGUGGAAGCUGAAGUGACUCGUUCUACCUCGCCUGAUAACACGGAUCAUGAAAUAUCAUCGCUGACGGACUUGCCCAAUGAAGACAAAAGUCCUCGAGACUACAUCUCCCCUGGUGAAGAAAAACCCACAUCGACGUUUUCUGACUCCUAUGCUACGGCCACCACCACGGACUAUGGCUCUUUGAGUCUGGGAGAAGUGCCUAUCACUGGAGCUAAAAGACUAUCUGAUAUACGAGUGAGAGAUAAAACAACUGAUUCGAUUGAUAUAUCAACGAAGUCUUACAAAAUGGAGGAGGCUCUGCACGCUAUAAGCGAAGAGCUAACGCGCUGCCGGGAGUUGCUGCAAGGACAGCUACCGGUCCAGGUGAUACCCGGCCUGCUCUCAGACUAUAGAGAUGAUAAAUACUAGCGUAGGAUAGAUAGAUGAUGCUUAGAUAGAAAAGAAUAAACUACAGGAGUGCAUUGUUGUUGGCAGAUAGAUAGGUAGUAAUAAGCGAAGAGCUACUGGUUAGAUACUAGCUAUAGAUGGACCUAGAUAGAUGAUGCUUAGAUAGAAAAGAGUAUACAGAAGAAUGGUGCAUUAUUGUUGGCAGAUAGAUAAAUAGUUUUAAGCGAAGAGCUACUGGAUAGAUACUAGCGUAGGAUAGAUAGACGAUGCUUAGAUUAAAAAAGGUAAAAGUACAGAAGAAGAGAGUGUUGUUGUUUUUCCAAUAGAUAGGUAAUAAUUAUAAACGAAAAGUGACUGGAUAGAUAUAUUGUAGGAUAGAUAAAUGAUGCUAAGACAGAAAAGAGUACAGUAUUGUUGUUCGCAAAUAGACAGGUACUAGGUAGUACUAGGUCGUUAUAAGCGAAGAGCUACAGGAUAGAUACUAACGUGGGAUAGAUAGUUGAUGCUUAGAUAGAAAAGAAUAAUGUACAGAAGAAGAGAGUAUUGUUGUCGGCAGAUAGGUAAGUGAUAAUAAGCUAUAAGCGAAGAGCUACUCGAUAGAUACUAGGAUAGAAAGAUGAUGUUUAGAUAGGAAAGAGUAGAGUACAAAAGAAGAUUGUAUUCUUGUUGGCAUAUGCCAAAUAUUCACAAAUGAAAUGUCUACCUAUCUAUCUAGACAGGUAGACAUUUCAUUUGUGAAUAUUUGUAAGCUCUGAUAGUUUCUAAAAUUUGGAAAAAAGAAUGCUUGUUUAUUGGUUUGUCAUUCAAUCACGUAGCAACGAAACAACGGAUCGACGUGGUUUUUUGCACGGGUAUUGUUAGUGAGUGUCAUAUUAUGCUGCUUUUAGUCCUGCAAAAUUAAGGUUCCCACGGGAUUAUUUUAUGGGCAUCAGUUAUCGAGGCGAUUUGUUAUCGGUCAAUCUUCGUGCAAGUCACAUCAAUGUGUUUACAGCUUUUGUUUAGUGCGACAUGUCUACGUAUAAAUAAUAUUAAUACUAUCAAAAUUAUAUACUUUGGUUGUGUUAAAGUUUUCCAGUAUAUUGUGUAGCUAAGUUUGUACUUAAACAGUAUGUAGAUAGAUAGCUAUAAUAAUUAAGUAUGUACCUACAUUUUUGUUUUCUAAUUGGUGAAAGUUCCUAUAUAUUGCGUAAUGCAU